GACAGCUGAAGACUUAACACGAGACUGACAAGCGGAUCAACUAAUGGGAGCAGAGCGUUUUCCAGAGUGACGAGCUGUGAUUGGUCAGGGGUUGGGAUUAUAUAUAUGUAUAGAUAUGCCUGACUGGUAAACUGUGGGGGCGGGACUAUAGAGUAGUGCAGUCCAUCUAUGUUGAUACAGAUCUAAAGAACUGGACUAACAGAGUGUGUGCUUACGUUGCUCUUCGCAUGGACUAAUUUUUAUUUUAUACGGUGGAAAAGUUUUUCAGCGUGGGGAAAUUGUUAACAAUCCGCCUUCAACUCUGCUGGCUCCGAAAAUCUGGCGCCCUGGCUCCAACAUUUUGGGCCCCCCUCUGCUCCUGCACAAAGUGAAGGUUGAUAUGCCACAUCAGUGAUGGAGCCCAUGACGGUGACGACGUCGGUGGUCGGACCGGAGGAGUUUGACCGCAAUGCCCCGCGGAUCUGUGGCGUGUGCGGCGAUAAGGCCACCGGAUUCCACUUUAACGCCAUGACAUGUGAGGGCUGCAAGGGAUUCUUCAGACGCAGCAUGAAGCGUAAAGCCUCCUUCACCUGUCCAUUCAACGGGAGCUGCACCAUCACCAAGGACAACCGGCGUCACUGCCAGGCCUGUCGCCUCAAACGCUGCAUCGACAUCGGCAUGAUGAAAGAGUUCAUCCUGACAGACGAGGAGGUUCAGAGGAAGAAGGACAUGAUCAUGAAGAGGAAAGAGGAGGAGGCGGCCCGGGAGGCAAUGAGGCCUCGUCUGAACGACGAGCAGGCCCGGAUCAUCUCCUCCCUGGUGGAAGCUCAUCACAAGACCUACGAUGCCUCCUAUUCAGACUUCUCCCGCUUCAGGCCUCCGGUGCGCGAUGGCCCGGUAACACGCAGUGCCAGCAGAGCCGCCUCCCUUCACUCUCUGUCUGACGCCUCCUCUGACUCAUUCAACCACUCACCUGAGUCUGUGGACACCAAGAUGAACUUCAGCAACCUGUUAAUGAUGUACCAGGACGGAGCGAGCAGUCCAGACUCCAGUGAGGAGGACACCAAGCUCUCCAUGCUGCCCCACCUGGCCGACCUGGUCUCCUACAGCAUCCAGAAGGUCAUAGGCUUUGCCAAGAUGAUCCCUGGCUUCAGAGAGCUGACGGCAGAAGACCAGAUUGCUUUGCUGAAGUCGAGUGCCAUUGAGAUCAUCAUGCUUCGUUCAAAUCAGUCGUUCAGCCUGGAGGACAUGUCCUGGAGCUGCGGAGGACCCGACUUCAAAUACUGCAUAAACGAUGUCACAAAGGCCGGUCACACUCUGGAGCUGUUGGAGCCGCUGGUGAAGUUCCAGGUCGGUCUGAAGAAACUGAACCUGCACGAGGAGGAGCACGUGCUGCUCAUGGCCAUCUGCCUGCUCUCCCCAGAUCGUCCCGGGGUCCAGGACCACAACCGCAUCGAGCAGCUCCAGGACCAUCUGUCCGAGACCCUGCAGGCCUACAUCCGUGUGAACCACCCAGGCGGACGCCUCCUCUACGCCAAAAUGAUCCAGAAGCUGGCUGACCUGCGCAGCCUGAACGAGGAGCACUCCAAGCAGUACCGCUCGCUCUCCUUCCAGCCCGAGCACAGCAUGCAGCUCACCCCGCUCGUGCUGGAAGUGUUUGGCAGCGAGGUGUCAUAGCAGAGAAGGAGCGCUCCGACAUACACACAUUCAUCACACACAGGAUGAUUAAACAACCCAUACCGCCUUUCUCCAGAAACCCCUAACCCUGAUUUACCUGGACAUGUGGGAGAAAAAAGGAUAUCCAGAUAUCUAGACAGUCACCUCUUCCUAACUUGCCCAUCCUCCUCAUCCUCCUCAUCCUCCUUCUCUGGACCUCAAGCAGCAGAUACCUGGAGCUCUGGAUUUACGGAUUUCAGACCCCAGAUUAUGCUUUGGAUUUCUGCAGUACUUGGACAACCAGAUUAUAUUUGACCUCUGGAUUUAAAAACACAGUACUGCAUUAAAUGUCAUUACAUCCAGAUCCUCUCUUCAUCCCAAAAAACGCCUUUCUCAACACCACCUCUACCUGGACAUCACCGCCGGACUCCUGCCUUUUGUUUUCAGCGAUGACAGCUGGAUGGAUGUGACCGUCACAUCCUCUCUACCAUCAACCUCAUAACAUUGUUCCAUGUUCACAUCAUCGCGAUGAGCGACAGGAAAAGUUGCAGAUUUACAUCUUUUAACCAAGCUGGCAGGUUUGAGGUACAGACAUAUUUUAGCCAUGUUACUACACCAGUGUUAGAUAGCUAUAAACAUUUACGGUUUGUAACAGCAAAGACAUCCAAAUAUAUAAAUAUCUACAUAGCCAGCAAUGUGCAAGCUUAAAGUAACGGAAACACUUCAAACGGCAUGGUUAAGAUGGCGUCUGGCAGGUGUGCUUUCAUGCCCUGCUUCUGUGUUUGUGCAAACUUAGAGAGGUCUCAGAUGGUCGGCUGAAGUUAAAGUGCGAGUGUUUCAGUGUGAAAACGGUGUAAGAGAAAGGAGAUGUAGAGGAAAACGAGUAAAAGAGGAAGGACGGAUGGAGAGAAAUGCUACGGUUAGAGUUCCCUGUUCGCAAGACAAAAGGGAAUUACACAAAACAAGAAUGUAUGUAUAAUGCUAUAUAAAUAUAAAUGAUACGUAUAAGCUGAUAUAUAUAAAUAUAAAUAUAUAUUUAAGAGAGUGUUUGCUUCCAUGGAGGCAAACAGUUCUGAGUGUUGUAUAAUGUAGAAGAUAUGAAGGCCCCUCUUCGGCUGUGUGUGUGUCCUUGUUCAAACGACACACACACGAGAGCGCACAGAGACGUGUGUGAGGAGACCUUCUAUUUUUGUGGUGUGUGUACAGUUUAUGAGAAUAUUGAUGGACCACAAGGGGGUGUGUGUACAGGCUCUGACUGAGGGUUUAGUGCAGGGAAGUACUUCUCUGUUGAUGUUUUUUAGUCGUGUGUGGACCUGUGAAGUUUGUAGACUGACAUACGCAAACACAACGUCACGUUUUAGUGGAUAGUGAGUAUCCAAAAAGAUAUUUGUUCGGCUGGUUAGAUUGCUGCUAAGACAGUUAGAGCUAGAUAGUUGGAUAGAAGCCAACUACCGGCUGUUGCCUCAGGGAAAAGUUUGUCUGAUAUUGUGUACUUGGUGUUUAUGGUGUGUGUGGCGUAAGCUUACAAUCAUAAGACAGAGAUUGUUUUUUGAAGCUCUAGGUAUCACUGUGAUUUCUAAUCAAAACAAAGUAACAGCAUAAGUAAGCUAAAGUGAAACUUUUUAAAAAACUAAGAUUUUCAUUCCGAAGCUUAAUGUUUAAUAAUUAAACAGUUUGCAUGAUCAUAAUCAGACAUUAUUGUUCAAUUAGACCCCAUUAUAAGGCAUCAUUUGAAAAAGCAUUAAUUUUAAACUGUAAUAGAUGAAUAGCAGCGUUAGCUUUGUUUGUUUUUUCAGGGCGAAAAAAGUGACUUCUACAGAUGGUAGCAAUGUACAGUAGGAACAAAGCAUAGCAUAUAGAGUUUGUGGAAUGAAAUCCUUCAGAUGCUCUAAAACAGAGAGAGAAAGUUUUUAUAUUUAAUACUGAAACCAAGCCUCAUACCUUAUCGUCACAUUUAUAUCAUUUCAACACCAGCCACAUAAGCGAGGUUUUUAGGAUGUUACAUUUCAACAUCACUACAUAUCAUAUCACGUUUCUGUCGACACAGUGCAUGCUCACCCCUCACGCAGGCCUGGAUCGCCCCCUUGUGGACAAACUUUGUAAAUACCACUUGCUAAGUCUGUACAUAGUUAGAGAUUAAUGUAGGCAAAAUACUAAGAGAACUCAGAUGUUGAUGGCAGGAUGCUCUGGAGAUACAGCACUAUAUGCAAAUUAGGAGAUGGACUCUUGUGUUUAUUCAGCCAGAGUGGACAGAGGCGGCACUCUGGGUCAAAUGACUGAGUUCUGGUGCAUAGAAGAAGAAGACUGUUGGGUUUGGGUUGGACCAGCGGCGGAGAGGCUUUUAGGGAUUUGCAGCAUGAUAUCAGCAAGUGUUGUUAAUUAAAUAUCGAGAACAAGAGACGGAUCCCACGGUCCUGCCUCUCUGAUUUAAGCUCUCCCUUGUUCAUGGAGCUGUCCCAUUUCUUAAAGGGACUAAAGAAGCCUCUCCUUAAAUGGCCCCCAAAAAGAGCUCUCUCAAAAGAAAAAAGAAAUGAAAGAAAAAAACAGAAAGCUUCACAAACUGAGGCAGUGUAACAUCUUCAGGGUUGCAGAUGAUUGUGCAAAAUCCUGAAUGGUGUCCUGUUUCUAAGUGACGAUCACAACCCUUUCUCCCUGCAGAGGCGGGGCUGGAGUAGAACAUUAGAAUUGGGCACUUAAAGAAACAUAUCGUACCAAACCUCCCAAUAGAGUCCCUCUUUCAGGGGUCACUACGGGUCUAGACCUGUUUCAGAUGAUGCUCCUCUUUACUUGUUUGAUUGCAAAGGCGUCAUGUGACUGAACAUUCCCAGCAGUGGUCGUGUUGAGCAUUCCAGUCAGCAGAGACUUGUGCACGAUCUGAACUCAAACAUCAGGAGCUCUUUGACCCUCCGACAGACUCCUUCAUGCACCACACGGCUCCACCCGGGAGUGUCCUCUGUGUCCACUCAAAGCUUAUGGAUGUACACCUUUUCUCUUUCUCUCUCUUUCUAAAGUCUAUCAAUAAGCUUUUUGACAGUUAUACAGUAUACCCAUUAUAUUUUCAUUUUGGUGAUUUGUUUUUCUUCCUCAAUUUUCUUUCUUUUCAAGAUUGUCAAAUAUUAAUGCGUGUCAGAGUUUGCUGUCUAGCUAGAGCUUGGCUUUCUGCGCUGGGAUGUCGUUCUAUUGAAGCAGAGACGAGCGUGGUGGACUCCUUUUCCUAGAGCACGUGAAUGACACCCCCCUUCCUUUUUUUUGACUGACUUUGAAGGAGAGAUGGCAGAACAGCCCAUGACGGCUUCACUCUUUGUUCAAGGACAAGGAAGCAUUGAUCCUCCGUCCUGUAUAAAACAACAGGCUUGUCAGUGCAGCCGUGUCCCACCUGGAGCUGUAACCUGAGGGGAAGGAAACGGUGGAGCUGAAUCUCUUCAUUGUCAAAGGAAAGGCCGUCGCUUGCUCUGUAAAGAGAGAAAACAAACAGAUAUGUCUGCUUUUCCGGAAGUGGGAUGUCCAAACAGUCAAGUGAUCAUGAACUAACACUGCCUCAAAUGACUGACACAGGAUUUAGCCAGUGGCAACAGCGACAGCGUAGGCCUGCCUCUACAUUCAUCACUCAACCAUCUAACCACCUCUUCUUCUGCAAUAGCCAACUACAGCAGGAUUACUCUUCAUAGCUUUAACUCAGCAGCCACUCAGGCUCUGCUUUGGAAAAAAAAAAAAAGAUAAACUGUGGUGCACCAAGGGCUGACGGGAGUCGCAGAUUUAGCUGCUGUGGAAUCAGACGCGUCACUUUACUGUGAAAGGGACAAUGCAGAACGGCUCCUUUUUGUCCCCAGACAAACAUUUGGAUUGGACCUUCAGAAGACUGUGUAGAAUCUGUAUAGAGAACUCUAGGACAAAGUGUAUUUUUCAAAUGAGAAUUGCCACAUGCAGACGUAGUGACGUGCUGUACAGACGGUGUGUGCAGUGACUGACGUUGAGAUGUCGCCUCCUAAACCCAAAGUGUGACAUAAUCUUUCUCACUACUCUGUGUCUUGCAUUGCAGCUCUUGAAUUUUUUUUAAAACAAUCAUCAUUUUGUUUCAGAAUAGUUGUUGUAAUACAUAAAAAGGGGACUUUUUUACAUCUAACAUCAACAUCUACAUCAUCUGUUUUAAAAGGAAUGCAGGACGGGGUGACUGGAGCGGAGACUGUGUGUUCUGAAGGUUCGGAGCGAUGGUUCAUCUUAAAUGGCUCUCUCUGCUCUAACACGGAAACAACUGCAGCUGAAAGACAGGAGCGGCUCACUGUUUCAAACUAAUAGUUAGCUUGAGCAUGUAGAGAGGCCAUUAGCGCUCAAAUGAACCAAAACAAGACUGCAGUCUCUUCCCUCUCUCCCCCUUGUCCCUUCAACCCAGGUCAGCAGCUCCACCUCAGUAGCCUUACUUACAAAAACCUCACUCAGCUGGAAACAUUUAACAGAUACCUCAAUAAUCAUUUACAGGAUGACUUUUUCACAAUAGCCUUUAAGGGAACCAAACAUAAACUUGCAACACACACUCACAACAAAAAACUCAACUCUCUCCUCGGCAGCCUCUGCAGUGUUUUUUAUUUUACGACAGACUGACAGUAAACCAGUUGCCAGUUGAAUAAAGACGAAGGUUGUCCUGUAGAACCCUCUUGCCAGUAGACCAGUCAGUAUAUGAGUGGAUCCCAAUGUUUCUAGAUGUUUCUGUCACUCUCUGUUCUGCUCUUCUCACUCGAUCCUCAUCUCUGCCUCAUUCUGUGUUUUCUGUCUCUGUUGUCUCGACGAACGGACGACGUGCCGCUAAGCUUCGGCGCUGGGUUUAACCCAACAUACUACCUCUCCCUUCCGCACAUAUAUACAGCGUGUGUGUGUGUGUGCGUAUAUCCACACAUGCUGUAUAUAUUUAGUUGCAGCAUGACUGUGUUUAUGAUUUAACACUAAUUUAGAAGGGUUUUUUGUUUAUAUGUACAGUUUGUUCCUUUUUAACUCGGUUCUACUUUCGAAUGCUGGAUGAUUUAUUUUACCUCAAACCUCAAUGUAAGAAAACAAAUCUGUACAGUGAGUCAAAACAGAGGCCUCUUCAGUAUCACAGCACCACUGACGUAUGUAAUCACGACUUAGCUUUAAAGAAUGGAUACGUUCACAUAGAAGUAGGAGCAACACGAAUCAUGUAAACACAUCUGAUUGUUUUUAGACAUUUGGAGCGCAGAAACACCAAAAAGUGGCUUCAUGAUUAAGGCAGCGUAGCUCAGUUAGCUUCUGCAUGGUAGUAGUGCUGGGCGGUAUUGAAAAAGAUGUUAUCACAAUAACAUUUUUCAUAUCAGUCGAUAUCGAUAAUUAUCACGAUAAAUAUCAAAUCAUUAUUUCAUUUAAACUUAAAGGCAGAUUUUUGCCCCUGAGUGAAAGUUGAAGACGGUUUGUUAGCAUGUGUCUGGAUUUAGUUCUCUGAUAAACUUCUUAAAUCCAUAAUUUUUGACUGCUUUGACAGGGGGUGUAAUUACAGAUUCAAAUAUGUCACAUUUUCAUCGAACAUUUGUUGUAUUUAUAUUGAGAAAAAUUAGAUCACGAUAAUUAUGGUUAUUGAAUUAUCGCCCAGCCCUACAUGCAAGAGAAUAAAACAGAAAAAAACACGAGAUUAGCAUACUUUAGGUCGGCAUCCUGUCAUUGCAGGAAUGCUCUCUUUUAACCCAAUUAAAUUUAGAAUUGAUGAAAUAUAACAGAAGAAAUAAAAAGUUGGAGGACAAGCUAGUUUUGAUUUAGCUGCACACACCAGCAGGCUAUCUGUUUCCUCUUGAUUCCAGUCAUUCUGCUAAGCUAUCUGCUUGAAGGCUCUAGCAACAUAAUAAACAUCCAGGCAUUGAAGCGGUGAAGUUUACUUUUCAAACUUUCUAAAAGCUCAUCAACUGUCUUGCAGAGUUAGCUGAGUUAUUUAAAGCUUCUACUAAAUGAAAUUGUAUUAAACAACAAAAUAAUGAAGCUAACACCCGGCAAAGCUAAAGCUAAGUCUGUUUUUUUUUUAAAUUAAAUUAAAGGAGAUCUAGGGAGGGGUGACCAGGUUUUCAAACCUCCAAAUACAACACUUUAAUUUUACAGCAAACCCAGGGGUGUGAGCUCAUGUAUAGCUGCAUUUUUUUUUAUCAGUGCACUUUUUCCAACUCCAUGAAAAGUGCCUCAGCAGAUAAAAAUCAUGUCUCCCAAACUUUAAAAUAAUGUAAUUAUAUAAACCAGUAAACAAACAGAAAGGUGUCAAACCAGGACGUAUGGUCACCCUAGACUGCACUGAACAGACUCAGCUAACAUCAGAACAUCAGAAAAUAGUACAAAAGAGACAUUGAUGUUUUUCAGUCUGUUGAUGUGAAUGUAGCAUGAAACCAGAGGGUGCAUGCUUCAAAUGCAAAAAGUGCAGUGAAUGAAUUUGGACUCAGGAGGCAGCAGGCCCUACUCCAGACUGCUUCGCUGUAAAUUCUGAACACCUUUGAAAUAUUUUGAUAAGAUUAAACUAACAGCUUCAGUAAAAUGUCACCAGAUUAAGCCGUGCUGGUUUGUUGCAGCACAGUCAGAAACAUCUCACCAGACCUGAUCGACCACCUUCAGCUGCUCGGAGACAAAGCUGGAGGUCUUUGAAUAACUUUGUACUGCUUCAGAGAACAGGACGGUGGUGGUGGUGGUGGUGGUGGUGGUGGUGGUGAGACUGAAAACUACUCCACCCUUACCUAAAACAAAGUCAAAGUAGUGACAUCAGCCCCUCCGUCUGCUUCGCCUCUGUGUAAUGCAGGUUUCUGUUUGUGUCUCCACCUGUAGCUUUCCUCCAAACCUCUGAAAAGGCUUUCUAACAUUGGGAUCCCAUUUUAGAUAGUCUAGAUACAAAUAGUGUAAAUGUUUGUCUACUCCACCAUCAUCAGUCUCACACUCUCUCUCACACACACACACACACACACACACACACACACAUCUGCUCCGGCUCAUCCUCUCAGCACUCUGCCUUCUUCUCACACUCACUGCUUCUGAAUCCUCUGUUUAUUCGCUGCUUUCACUCUGCGUCACAGGACCAGGCCUUCAAUAGAUAUGCUGUGAAUGACACAACAAGCCUUUAGUGAUCACUUUUGUAUUUUAUCGACAAAUGAAUCACAUUUCAGCUCAGUGUGUGCAGGAUGACGCUCUUCUACGUUUUUUAUGCAGUCAGCUGAUGUUGACAGAAAGCUGUGGGCGGUUUUCAAUAUUGUACUGGAUUAACACGGGACAUAUUUCAUGACUAUGGUAAAAAAAAAAGAAGACAUUCAGUUCAGGACAGAACAUUUACAAGAAAGCUCUUUGAAACCGAUUGUUGAUUGGACAUUUACAUAAAAUCAGCUGAAUCCUCAAAAAUGAACCAGCAGAUCAUAAUCGAGGAUUUUGAAUCUUAGGCAAAUGUUUUCAAGAAAUGUUCUGAUUGCUACGUGAUUAGAACAAGUUUUUGGAGUUGUCGGCUACAAAGACGAUUGUAACUUCAUCGUCCAGGGCUAAAGUACCGGUUCAAAUUAGUUCAAUAAAAAAAGUUAGUUAUACUUUGAAAAACAUGGUGUUGAUUGUCUACCCCUGCUCUGAUUAGUGACUUAGUUUAUGUAAUUAUCUGACAGUUGUUUCUUAAAUUGUUCCCUGUGAUUCAACAAAAGAUGUGAGAACAACGACACAGAACAACAAACUGGUUCAAAGGUAGACAACCAACUCCUGGUCCUUUUGAGGAGUGCGAUGUAAAAGCUGUUUCUAGACUCUAUUAUAGAAUCUGCAUCGUUGUGAAACACUUUUUAUGACAACCGGAACCCAUCAGUGACAGAAACACUCACCUUCAGAGGAGGUACUUUGCCGACCUGUAAUGCCCCAAAAGAUGAGCCCGCAGUCGUGUCACCGCUGACAUCUUGGUCGAUCUAAUGCAACAACUCCAAAAUGGUCUAUAUUUUUAUGGUUCCAAAAAUAAAAGGGCCCAGAAUGAGAAAUAUUCCCGUCUGCGUCAGGAGAACUGUCCCACAUGUGUGGACCUGCAGGGAGCAGGCGGACAGGAAGUUGUCUUUUCUACUGUUGUAACAGAUGCAUGCUCGUCGGUCAGGACAGGUUUUCAUCUGCUGCUCUGAUUGCGUUUCUCUGCUACCUCUUCAAAUAUGUGCUUGCUCACACACAUGCACUUAAAAGACUGCGCUCACGAGCGAACUUUCAUACUAACUGACUGAAAAGACAAACACUGAACACAAAACACACACUCAGAAGGACACACACACACACACACACAAACACACACACACACACACACACGAUGCACACCAUGUGCACUUCUUUAUCUCCCUCACCAGCAGUUUUUGCCAAUGAUGCACUUGUGUUUUUGUCUCUGUAUGCUCUGCAAACGUCUCAAAAGAUCUGUUGUCAUCAUCUCUGUUUUUCUUCUUUUUUAAAAACUCUAAUCUCUGUAGAACGCCCAGAUUAGUCGGGCGGUUAGACGUUAAUUCAACAUUAAUUCAUCCAGUGCAAACAGAAAGUUUCAUGUCUUUUUAAUGAAAUAAAAAACAAACAUAAAUGCACAUAUUGCUCAGCUCAGUUGUACCUUGGUGUGCCUAGAACCCACAGCCUUAUUUUGGGACAAUAUCAGGGGUUUAAACCAGAAUACAGGACGACUUGUCUUUGUAUUGCUGAUGUUAAGACAGUUUCAUUCGGUUUCAGUAGCUGUUUUCGCCUCUCUUCAUAUCCACACAUCUGUAAAUGUUGUAUCCGUUUAAUAGUCAGCAGUAGCUUGUUGAUGGGAGGAUCACGAGCUCUGUCUCCGUCUGCUGGUCGUUCUUUGAUUUCAUUCAGCCUGUCUGUUUAUUGAUCAGUAGUAUCUCAGUAAAGAUCUACCGUGAUGAUGCAUCAGUCUUACAAAAGUUGUUUCUUUUGUUUGAUUUGAUUGAACAUCGUGUCAGAGCGUCCAGCAGAUGCUGACCUCCCAUAGCAGGACGUGUUGUCGUCACUACGAGGACAAAAGAAAAAAUACAAGUCGUAGUUCAGUCCCAAGAUAAGAACCCCCCCCCUUCACCCAUGCACACCACCAUGCAGUAAACUCACCAGACCUCAGUGCUUCUAGCAGAAACUUGUCUUUUCAACAUAUACAGUUGCCAUGGCAGGGCUGUUGAUUGCACCAUCAGCAGCCUUUUACAUAAACAAAUAAACAAACAAAUAGUGUUAUACAAACAGAACCUUAACCAAUGUCUCUCUCUUUGUGGUCAGAAUCACCACCUGAUGUUUUUUUGUGUUGCUCUUUUCUUUUUUUGCUCUUCUUGUCUUUGAAGUUGAUCCAUUGUACUUUGAUUACAUGCAUUGUAUGUAGUAAAAUACUGAUGAUGUUUUUGGGGAAAUCACAAAUAAAACAGCUGUACAUAAUGAUGCAAAACCUC